AUCGAACACACCAACAAAUGUUCGUUGUUUGUUUUGAUUCUGUGAACUCUGCGGCGGCCAGCCAGCAGCAGCCAUGGAAGAUCCCAGUGCGACGAGUGACGCCGAAAGCGUCCUGAAUUUCACGUCGUUGCAAGCGGGCAACGAUUACGAUUCCAACUUCGAAACGGACAGCGAGGCCGACCGACGCCGAAGCGGUCGACACGAUCUCGCCGGUCCCGCCAAGCCCCGCCGCGAGCCCAAGGCUCACCGUGACGUACUCCUCACCGAGUACAGCUUGGAAGAGAAACGCCGCGAAAAGCACAAUUUCCUCGCCCUCGACGCGUACACGAGGCACAAGAAGCUCAUCAACGACUACCUCCUCUGCUACCCAGGUACUACUGCCAAGCUGCAACGGGACACUAGCCGCGAUCGCACCGAUUUCGACGUGAUACGCGAGAACCACCAGUUCCUAUGGGACGAGGCGGACGAAGACGUGACGAGUUGGGAGAAACAGCUGGCCAAGCGCUACUACGACAAGCUGUUCAAGGAGUACUGCAUUUGUGACUUGACGUACUACAAGGCGAACAAGAUCGCCAUGCGCUGGCGCACCGAGCAAGAACUCAUCGUGGGCAAAGGGCAGUUCAGCUGCGGCGAAAAGCGCUGCAAGUCCGACGCCAAGUUGAGGACCUGGGAGGUUAACUUCGGGUACUUUGAGAAGGACGAGAAGAAGAACGCUCUCGUGAAGUUGAGACUGUGCGCCGAGUGUUCCUUCAAGCUCAACUACAGGUUUCAGAGGAAAGAACUGACCAAGCCAGCCAAGCGAACGGAGAGCGGUGGCGACGAGCCCGAUCCCAAGAGGGCCAAGACCGCUGAGGAACCUUCGGAAGCGGAGAAGACAAAAGAUUCCGAGAAAAAAGACGAAGAAGAGGAGUCCGUGUGGAAGAAACCCGGUGCCGUUGAAGAAGAGAAGAGCAAGGAAGAGGAGUUUGAUCUCUACUUGUCUGACAUGUUCCUUUGAGAUUGUUUUGUUGUUGGUCUGGUAGCCUUCGGCACUGGCCGCCAGGGGGCGCGUCGAAGUUAUUUUUUUUUUUUAAUGAUUUGUGACGUUUCAACGUGUCGGAGGCUGUGGCCUAGUUAUGGAGAAAAAAAGCACUGUUACUGUACAGCUUGGAAGUUUGGUGGAAGUGUCAGUGUGGUUGUUCAGAGGGUUGCCCUCGUGAUUUCUGCAUGUGUGUCGGCUUGCACUGUACCUCUAAUCUACAACUUCAAAUUUGGGGACAUUACGUGCUGAGUUAUUGAAGGGCAUCUGGCACGCACCAGCGGAGGACAGGAUAGUUUUGGACCACCUGCUGGGGUCUUUUGACGUGCAACCGAAAUCACGGUUGCCUUCUCUGCUAUAAGCCUCCGUCAGACUCUGGGCAUAAUCUACAACUUGGCGAAGAAGCCUCGAAGGUGAAGUCCUCGGUUUUGUUGAAAUCAAUUGCUGGGCUAGUUGGUUCAACAUUGUACAUACAAUAGUGCAAGAGUACAGGAACAUAGAGUGACUGGACAAGCGCUUGUCCUGUCCCUUUUAUGUUCCUGUCCUCUUGCGGAAUUGUAUGUUAUCAGUUUUCUGUCCUGCGGAUGUUGUUUUCAUCUGGGUCAAUGCAAAACAUAUGCACAUUCAUUGUUUGCAGCUUUUUUUUUUUUUUUUUUUCAAUUUUCUUAGGACAAGAAUGGUCAUCAUUGAAGCUUUCAAGCAUUGUGCCGGUGGAGUGCUCUCAAGUUCUGAGUUUAGCUUGUCAUGUACAACUCUAGUUCUAAGAUAAACACUCUGGGUGCUGAUUCGGCAGUUGUGAAGACGACUAACCCCUAGCAGUUAUUGAAAAGCAAAACCAAACUCUGUAGGAUAGUGUGAGUGUCCCCCUUGAUUUCGAAUCGAGUAAUAUAUUUUAAUUGAAUGCAGAACAGUCUCUGAGCUUCCAGGCUUGACAAGAAUGAUGCUGUGCCAUCAUCAAUUGCCACCGUCUGUCAUCUCCGUCACACUGCAGUUGUGGAGCAUACUUGUAGGAAAUCUGCCUGUCACCACUCAUAAUUGUAACAAGUUAAAAUAUUUUAUAACUUGAGAAACUGACUAUGUAAUAAAGCUUUAUGCACAUUUUAAGAUGGUCAAACUACUGACCAAUUUUCACUUUCACAGACCUAUGUUAGCAUUUAACUUUGCCCAUGCUAUUGGCGAUUCCAAAAGACUGAAAUGUUUAGAUAAUUUUUCUUGUGCUCAAAGCCAUACUUUAAUACCGCAUUGUUGCGGGCAUAAUUUGGCAACCCUAAAUGUGUUUGUUUUUUUCCCCACAUAGUUGAGUGUUGUGUAAACAUUAGCUCCAUCAUACUGUAUGUGGUUGAGAGCUGCUUGAACAACAUAAAAACUAGUAUAUGAAAAAUUAAAAAAGCAGACUCUUUGAACACAGUUCGACUGAUGAAAUGUUAAAAGUGUACUUUCCUCAACUGCACAUGAAAUAAUGCUGUGUCCUACAAAGGGGCCAUGAAACGAUUUCUCUACUUUUGCUAAAUACUCAGAAUCACACCAUAACGCUAAUAACCGAAUAAACUUGCCUUAGUUUUUUUUUUUU